UGAAACUAAUGCAAAUGAAGGGUGGGGCUAUGAGCUGUGACAGUACAUGUUGGAGCAACAGGCAACAGGUGUGCGCAGUUUACACAAACCACAAGGCUUUACCUCUGACAGCUGCCACGAUUCACACAGAACUUUGGGAAUUAGCAGCAAAAAUUAAGGCCUAGGAAUGGCCAACUUUGGAGGACAUGCCAUCCCGGGCAGUUUUUUCCUCAUCUAUGGCUUUUGGCUGACAGUGAAACACAUUCUCCAACACUACUGGAGGAAGAAUCAACUUAAAGGAAGACAAGUAUUGCCGCCUUUAUUUAAAAGAAUGGAAUACUUCGAAGGAGGAUUCACAAUCUUUGCCUCGUUUGUUGGUAUUAUGGUUGAACAGUUUGUGGUGGACGGGCCUCAUGCUCACCUCUACGACUACGAGAACGAUACCUGGGUCAAGCUGAUGAACUGGCAGCACAGCACUAUGUAUCUGUUCUUUUUGAUUUUUGGAAUAGCUUUAGUUGCCAGUACUGCAUCCAAAAUGCUGCCAGUUGGUAUCGAUCGGCUCGCUCUCUCCAUGGCACUUUUUGUUGAAGGGUUUCUGUUCUAUUACCACGUGCACAGUCGCCCCCCUCUGGAUGCUCACAUCCACUCCCUGCUGCUGGUGGCUGUGUUCAGUGGAUCAGCCAGCACCAUGUUGGAGGUGUUUAUACGAGACAACAUCAUUCUGGAGCUGCUCAGGUCAUGUCUGUUCAUCCUGCAGGGUUCAUGGUUCUACCAGAUUGGAUUUGUACUUUACCCCCUAAGUGGACCAGAGUGGGACUUAAAGCUGCACGACAACAUCAUGUUUGUCACAAUGUGCUUCUGCUGGCAUUUAGCUGUUGCCCUGCUUCUAGUGGUUUGCACCUCCUCUGUGGUUUGGUUGACUUUGACAAGAUUCUCAGGAAAGAGACGGGACAUAGAGAUCGGAAUGCGAAACACAUCCCUGAAAACAAGCUCUCAGAAGGCUUUACUCGAAGAGUCAGAUGAAGAGUGAAGGCAUCACUGUGAUUCUUUAAAUUGUUCUGAAUUAGACUUCAUUUUCUGUGUUAAGAAGAAAUCUAUGAUCUAUAAAAGUUUUGCACAAUGUACUACAGAUGUUUUUGUACAAAAAAAUAACAACCAAAUGUUUUUAAAUGUGAUCGGUUACCAUGCUUUGUUCAAAUAUUUUACCAGUUCAGAAAUAUAAUUUUGUAACCUUA